AUGUCGCACGUCGUAGUUUUCAACUCGUAUGCGAGGACUUUCAAGAUCCCGACAUCACCCACCAAGUACUUGACUGAAGUCCGGGACGAGGCAUGCCAGAAGUUUGGCGUCAACAAGGAUCAGUUUACGCUCAAGUACAACAACAAGCCUAUUUCCCUAUCCCAGCAAAUACGGCUAGCGAACCUUCCCCAGGGAGCCCGAUUGGAGCUUGUCCAAGCAUCGCGAUCACCCACCGUUAUAUCUGUCGCGCUCCAGCUUCCCGCAAGCGAGCAGAACAAACGCCUUACAAGCAAGUUUGCAAGCAACACUUCGUUAUGGGAGAUACUGCGACACUUCGAGAGUGGUCAGGGGGUCAACUACAACUUCACACAGCGCGGUAUCCCUGAGAUGAGCGGCGCAUCUGGUGCUGGCAGGUUACACUACGAGCAACCUGUCAUAACGGUCAUGCCAGGCCACAAGGAGCAGUCCAACUUCGUCGAGCUACAACAGACUCUCAGCCAGCUGGGUUUCGAUAGUGGGUCGGCCUUGCUAAAGCUGUCAUACAAGAACAGCGGCACCCCGCUGGAAGAAGCCAUGGCACAAAUAACGCAGUACUUCAAGUCUACUGAGCCUGCGUCUGCUGGUGCGGAAGGUGCACAUGCCUCGACAACUGAUCAAUUAGCAUCAAUACCUGAUCCUGCCCAGGCAGCUCCGGAGGCGACACAAGUCGUAGCAGGCGAGACCGUCCGUAACGACGAGCCUGAUCCAGAGCUAAUGGAAGUCGAUCCGAAACCGGCUGCGCAGCCCGUACAAGAGCCCCAAAUAUCUACAGAGAACAAUGCGACCAAGAAUGUGGAGAACAUUUCGCCGGCUGCAGCGUUGGCUGCAGCAACAUCAACAGCGUCGUCUGCACCUGCAGAACCUACUCAAUCCCAUGCACCGGCCCCUCAAACCUCGUCACAGCCAUCCGAACAAUCUCGCAACGUCCAGAUCUUUUCUGCGCCAACAUCGUCAACUCCACAAGCAGCGCGAAAUGCCUUUAACGAAAGUGAUUACCUUCCCACCAUCGAGCAUGCAAAGGCACAUCAAAACGCGUUGUUAGGCAAAACACGGAACACGAGGCUGCUGUCCGACAAAGAGUUGGAGGAGCAAGAAAAGGAACGACAGGCCAAGAUUGACGCGGCAGCCGAAAAAGGUGGUGCACUUCGCAUACGGAUGCCAGACGGUGCGCUCAUUCAAAUGAGCUUUAACAAGAACGAUACUGCAGUUGGUCUGUACGACUUCGUUCGUGGGUUUUUGGAGAAGAAGAAUGAACCCUUUCAGCUCAAGAACACGAGUCCAACCGGUCGUCUCGUCCUCAUUCCACAAGACAACAAGCGUUUAGUGCAUGAUCUUCGUUUCUUCAACAACGAACUUAUCACUUUCCAAUGGGCCGACAAUGCUAGCGCUGAGGUGAGGGCAAGUCGACAUGCUCUUUCGCAGGAAUGGCAAGCGAAGGCUCAGGCGCUCAAAGUUGAAGAGCCAGUACGAGAGGAAAAGGCACAACCCCAGGCUUCCCAGGGUCAGACAGUCGCGGAAGGCAAGCGCAAGGCUAACAUGAGUAAUGAAGAAAAGGAAAGCAAGCUGAAGAAUCUGCUUGGAAAGGGUUUGUUCAAGAAGAAGUAG